ACGAUGAUCCGAGAACGUCCUUUAAGUACUGCCCCAUAGCAUCGACCGAGACCAAGAUGGCUCCCGAGUGCCUGUGCAACCUUGAACCUGGUGACGACGCACAGAUAAAGCAAUACAGCGCAUGAAGUCGGAAAGUGAGCGACUUUGUUGGAAUUGAAGGUUCAGCAGGAACAGUUUAAACAUUGCCUUGCCCCUUGGCGCCCUGGGGGGAGGAGCGUCUCUAUUUUGGAUGCCUCCUACUUUUUUCUCCGUGUGGUGACACUGGGGCACAGCAUGAUGUCAGGCUCAAAAACGGCUUCUCUGGAAAACCCAUGCCUCAGCCGAGUGGACCUGGACUGACAUCCAGAGAGCUGAAGUUUACAUUUAAUCCUAAAGAGGGAAUAGACAACCCACUGAUGGUCAUCACGGAAGAGUCGACCCCCAGGCCACGUCUCUGCGUGCUGAAAAAGGAGGAAGGCCAAUCUUACGGCUUCCAUCUGCGUCUGGAAUGGAUCCAACAAGGUCACAUCAUCAGGAAAGUGGUCUCCGGGGGGGUGGCAGAACGUUGUGGACUUGAAGAUGGAGACAGGCUUCUUGAGGUCAACAACGUCUAUGUCGCGGAUGCUCCUCACCAGGAGGUGGCCAAGAGAAUAAGGCAGAGCGGACACCACUUGUGUUUGUUGGUGCUGGACGGAGACGAGUACGAGAGGGUGCUGGCCCGGGAUCAGAACCUGCGUGACCUUACCCGAGCGCAUAAGAGCGAAGACUUGGAGCCACCCAGACUGUGUCACAUCAUCAGGGAUCCUGUCUCCGGUCUGGGCAUCAGCUUCACACCUGUGGGAGCUGAAAAAGGUUGCUUCUCUGUGAACCUGGUUGCCGGAGGGGCGGCUGAAAAGUCCGGAGUCCGAAAGGCGGAUCGCCUGGUGUGGAUGAAUGGAGCCGCGGUUUCCGAUCUAUCGCACGCUGCACUCAGCAGGAUGAUGAAAAAAUGCGGCAAUCACAUCACCAUCCUCGUGAUCGACAGCGAGAGUGAGAAGAAAUACGCCAAGUUAAAUAUGCCCAUUCUCCCUUGUAUGGCCGUUCCACAUAACCUACCCUACAGCUCCAGAAAACUGCACAUGGACUCUGCACCCGAGGGCUACGGUUUCCUACUCCGCUUUGAGAAGGCAGCAUCGGGACGCACCGCUCACAUGCUGCGUAAGGUGGACGCCGGCAGUCCAGCCGAGAGAGCGGGGAUGCGUGACGGCGAGGUGCUGCUGGAGGUCAACGAGGAGCCGGUGGAGUCGCUGCUACAUGAUGAAAUUGUGAAGGCGGUGAGAGAGAGCGGCCAACAUAUUUCUCUCACGACUAUUACGCCUCAGGGUCAAGAGUUUUAUACGCAGUUAGGCCUAUCGCCUGACCUCUUCUGUGAGGAUGAGGUUAUCGAGCUGGGCGGCAGUGAAGCGGUCUACGGUGUAGAGCCUUACCUACAAAAUGCCACACGUGACCCGUCCAAGCCCGGCAGAGUCUGCUCCUUCCAAAAAGGUCCCUUGGGAUUCGGCUUCAACCUCGGUUGCGUCCCACAGCGUCCUGGCACCUUCAUCAGUCAAGUGGCCCCCGGGGGCCCGGGGGAGAAAGCAGGACUAAAUGUGGGUGAUGUAGUAGUGGAAGUUAACUGGAAAAAUGUGGAGGACCAAUACUUGGAAGAUGUGAUGAUACUGGUGAAGGAAGGUGGCCAGGAGCUUUCCUUACGGGUCAUGGAUGAAGUCGGCUACAAAAUGGCUGACACGCCUUCUGUCACCAACUGUGGGGAAGACGACACAGAGGACUCACGUUUAUGACUACUUGGACUUCCAAUGGGACUUGAAACUCCAGUUUUUCUCAUCACAAUGACCUGCGUGCUCACGUUGAAGGACUUUGUAGCAAGAAUUCACAUAAGAUAUGCUAAAACUGCGUUGGUGGUAGUAGUAAAGUGUGGAUGCUAAAUCACACACCCCACAAAUAUCUGUACUGUAUGCGGUGUUGUCAAGGUUUUGCGGAAGAUGCGAGUACACGUUUUGUGUAUGUGCUUUUUCUUGAUAUUUUCCUCCAUUUUUUCUUAAUGUAAAAUGUUCUAUUAUGGUAGCCAUAUAUGUCUCGGUUGCAUUUUCCUCCAUUUUCUACAUGUCAUUUAAAAGUUAUAUGAAAUAAAAUAAUGUAAAAUGUUCUAUUAUGGUAGCCAUAUAUGUCCCGGUUGCAUUUUCCGCCAUUUUCUACAUGUCAUUUAAAAGUUAUAUGAAAUAAAAUAAUGUAAAAUGUUCUAUUAUGGUAGCCAUAUAUGUCUCGGUUGCAUUUUCCUCCAUUUUCUACAUGUCAUUUAAAACAUAUAUGAAUUAAAAUACUUAAUUUUUUAAUGUAAAAUGUUCUAUUAUGGUAGCCAUAUAUGUCUCUGUUGCAUUUUCCACAUGUCAUUUAAAAGUUAUAUGAAAUAAAAUAAUGUAAAAUGUUCUAUUAUGGUAGCCGAAUAUGUCUCUGUUGCAUUUUCCGCCAUUUUCUACAUGUCAUUUAAAAGUUAUAUGAAAUAAAAUACUGUAAAAUGUUCUAUUAUGGUAGCCAUAUGUGUCUCGGUUGCAUUUUCCUCCAUUUUCUACAUGUCAUUUAAAAGUUAUAUGAAAUAAAAUAAUGUAAAAUGUU